AAAGCAUAAAAAUACGCCAAGUUCAGUGCUUUCGUCUUAUUACUGUGUAGUGUUGUUCGACCGCUUAAAUUGAUUAAUAUUUCGGCCUUCGGAACGGUGUUUGUGGUCAACUAAUCGGGGUGAGUUUGUCCAGCGGCAGGUUGUGGUACGCGAUUCCUGUUGCAUGAGUUGCGUUGCCCCCGAGCGGAUCAGGAAGCAACGGCAAGUGUCGCACCGGUAGCUUUCGAGGCAUUUCCGAUGGCGUAACAGGGAGUGCUUAGUAUUAACUUUUGUCGUCGCUCGUCGUCUUUCAUUGAACUGCCCUGAGAUUAUAGGACGACGCAUAGAAAUCGAAUCCGGUUACUUGAACUCGAAGAUUAUUGAUCCGUAAUCCGUAAUUGCAGUGAGAUUGUUCUCUAGUUCUGGUUUAUUCUUGUCUGUCAUCGUUUUUUGUAAGAUUAAAAAAAACCAUUCCGGAAACAAAGGUGGCUAGAAAUGUCAACCUUUGAUGUGUACAACCGGGCUGCCUGGUACUUCGGUCCGAUGUCCCGCCAAGACGCCACGGACCUGUUGAUGAGUGAACGCGAAAGCGGAGUAUUUCUGGUUCGUGACAGCACCACCAUAGCGGGAGAUUACGUGCUUUGCGUUCGGGAAGAUUCCAAAGUUAGUCACUACAUCAUCAACAAGAUUCCAGCCGCCGAUGAUUGUUUUAUGUUUCGGAUCGGUGAUCAAACGUUUUCCGAUCUGCCGGAUUUGCUGACCUUCUACAAACUGCACUAUCUGGACACGACUCCUCUGAGACGACCGGCCAACCGACGGUACGAAAAAGUGAUAGGAAAGUUUGAUUUCGAAGGAAGCGAUCCAGACGAUUUACCCUUCAAGAAAGGUGAGAUAUUGGAUAUCGUCAGCAAGGACGAGGAGCAGUGGUGGACAGCGCGUAACAGCCGGGGACAGACGGGACAGAUACCGGUUCCGUACGUUACCCGCUAUGAGGACAACAUUAUCGAUCGACCACCGAAUGCGGGUGGUGCAGGAGGACCCAAUUCGCUGCACCAUGGGCCACCGGUUGUGGGAUUGCAUCAUUCGGAAAACUCCAACAUCUUCAAAUCAAAUCUGAACCGACAGCUGCCAGCGUUGGCCCGGGUGAAACAGGAACGGGUACCGAAUGCGUACGACGAGACGGCCCUCAAGCUGAGCGUCGGCGAUGUGAUUAAAGUCAUCAAAACCAACAUCAACGGCCAGUGGGAGGGUGAACUGCGCGGCAAGGUAGGUCACUUUCCCUUUACCCACGUAGAGUUUAUCGACGAUGACGUCCAGCAUUGGAGCGGACACUAGAAGGGACGCGCGACCAGUCGCAGUAGAGUUGUUUUAUUUUAUGUUCAACGAGGAAUUUAUUUAAUUGUACAGAUUAGUUUAUGUUUAGGGUGUAUGAAUCAUGAGUCAUUUAUGUUUUUAUGUUUGUUAUGACGUGGGCAGCCGAUUCCGGAGCAAAUUCAGUCUAGGAUGUAAGUGUAUAGAGUAGAAGACAGGUAAAACAAAAAAAGUAAAUCAUUCUAAACUGACAGGAUUGUGAGCAGAACAAUUUACAUCCAAUAGCAUUCAUCGAGUAGGAAAACAGGACGUUUUGUAAACUGAAAAUAGAUCAGCAAAUAUAUUUAGUUGCUAACAGAAAAAACUCCAACCAACUAUUGUAAAAAUCGAAAUCAAAAACUACCAUAGUAAGUGAAACGAAAGGUUCAACAAGCACGGUCUUUCUUCGCAUCCGCCGUUUCGGGAAAGCCACAAGUGAAUUUUGCAAGAUGCCAAGAACGGUAAUGAGAACACGGUAGAGUUCGGUAUUUCUAAAUACUACGGAGGUUGAUUUGCUGCUUUGUGCUAGAGACAUUGAAAAUAAUCAGCAAACGAAGAGAGGUCAGACUAUAAUCAAUACAUUCUAUUAACUCCUCACCUUUCAAAUAUUAGUUCGUCUUACAUUCGCGUGGAUUAAUUUUUACAGAUUUAGAGUACUCAUAUGACGUGAAUAAACUAUUGAGCAAUCUCAAAAAUUAACAGUAGAAAAAACGUGUCAAAAUCAGGAUCGACUUGAUCAGAAUUGAAUGAAACUUUGCACACAUUUUCAGUAUGACAAACCGUUUGUUUGUUUUGCACGGAUGGAGAGACCAAUUUGACUCAGUACUGAUUUUAUAAAAGGGGGUAAGCAGUUUGCUAUGGAAACUCUUCAAAUUGUUGUAAUUCGGAGACUGCUAUUGGUAGAGAAUAGUGUCAAACUAAGUAGUUCUAAGAAAUCGAAUGAACACUCUAGAAAAAAUUACAGUAAGCUUCAAAACAUGGCUUGCCACUUAAACAACGAGUGGGUUGUGUCAGAGACAUAACUGGAUGACAUGAAUACGAAAAAAAUGAAUGAUUCAACAUUUAUUUACGUUUCGUCUUAGGCUCGUCAGUGCUGAGCAGUUCAAAUUGAACCGCUAAUCAGACGUAGAUUUGCGAAACACUUUUCCUAAUUGCACCGAAGCGCAAUGUCUAAUCUGACGUCUUGACGGAAAACGCAAUGAUUCAGCUUCUUUGAUGUAAUUGAAUCUGAAUUUUGUACCUAGAAUUCUAGCACCGAAUUUUCUAGCCAAAUGCUAGCACUGAAUUCUGAAACUAAAUUCUCAAUUUAGAUGCUAGAUUCUGGAACUGAGUUCUGAACCUGAACUCGAGAACUGAAUUUUGCAUUUGAGUUCUAGAACUGAAUUGGGAAUCUGGAUUGAGGAACUGAUCACUGAACCUGUGUUUUGAAACUGAAUUUUGAAACAGAACUCGAGACCAGGAUACUGUUUCGGAGCUGAAUUUUGAAUUAUAGUUACAGAAGACCGGUCCAGAAUUCAGUUUUCAAAAUCGGAUCCAAAAUUCAGCUUCAAGACUGAGUUCUUUAAUCCAGAUGCGGAAUUUAGUUCAAAAAUCUUCAGAAUCUAGUCCCUGAAUUCAGUCACACUUUUAGAAUUGUGGAAAUGAAUUUAUUAUCUCAAAUCUAGACCUGCAUUCUAAAGCUGAAUUCUGAAACUGGUUUCUGGAACAUUCAUUUUAGAACAAAAUUUUGGAAAUACAACUGCGAUUUGGAUCUCAAUUCUGGUCCUGAAUUUCGGUGUGCAGUUCCAGAGCUUCAGGUUCAGAACGCAGUUUCCGAAUUUCAAGUCUAAAAAUCUGGACAGGAAUUUUGGAACUAAAUUUUUGUCUGAAUCUCAAUUCCAGUUAUAAAAAUCUGUUUCAAAAUUCAGAUCCCAGAUUUUUAGACUAGAGAUUUAGAUCCCAAUCCUGAAUUUUUACUCAAAUUAAGUUCCAGAGUCCAGGUUUUGAAUCAAGAUUCUGAUCUCAGUUUUAGAUUUCGGUUCCAAAAUACUGACUUAGAAUCAAAUUCUUCCCCGACGAAUGACCAAUUAUGGGUAACUGACUUAGAAUCAAGUUCUCAAAUUUGGUUUAACUUCCAGCAAUUUGGAACUCGGUUCUGAACCAGGACGAGGUACUGAAUUUAAGAUCUGGAUUUCCAAAUUGAACUCUAGAAUUCGAUUCUGGAUCUGGAUUCUGGUCUGAACUGGAAGAGGCAAAGCUACGUUGGUUAGAUUGAAUGAAGCAUCAAAUUUUCACCUUUUCUCAAUUCAAAUGUUCUAGAAAACUUGAAUUUUUAGCUAUUUGUGGUUAUCUCAUACUUAGAUUUGCACUAUACUGAUGGUUUUCAUCUCCGAUUUGCAAAGAAGCAAUCUUUAUAGUUCUUUAGAUAACAUUUGAAGCCAUUGAAAUGGCUGUUUUUACAUAAUGUUCCCUAUCGUUGACCAACCUUUCGUUGUAUUUUGCUUCAAUGCAAACGACCAGCAGCAGGAUGACGCCAUCGGUCUUCUUUGAAGAGAAACUGGCUCUGCAAAUAUCCCGUAAUUGAUUCAAGACUGAACUGAAUUCUUAAUUCUGGAACUGGAACUGCACCUGAACCUACCGAAAUUAUGCACUUGCUUUACUUCCUGCUUUUAUAACAUUUAUACCUAUCCAGGUACGAGAAAGGCGCCAUGAGUUUUCUUGUUUGAUACUAGUUAAUAGCAAACAUUUUAGAAAACUUUAAUUUUGAACUAUUUGUGAUAAAUGUCAUUCAACUGAAAAUGGUAUCAUAAAUUGAGGAUCAUAUUUUCGAAGGCAUGUAGCAAAAAUUAUGUUGAUACGUUAGAUGCAAUUAGAGAUAUUCAGGUAAAUUUUGAACAGGCGCCCCAUAGUAAAGUAAGACGUAUUCACGACAAAACAGUCUUCAUACUAAGCUGAGUAACUUUCGUGAAGACAUCAAAUAACUCAGAUCAACCGUUAUAUCACUAGCAGCAGUGGUGCUUGAUAUAUUAAGGAAUGAGCCACUGUUCGGAUCUUGUGUCGGUUUAUCUUUAAUAAUUUUAUGUACAAAUGUCGGAUUGUUUUGUGGUAUUCGAAAGUAUUCUUCCUCAUUAAAUUUCCUACGAAAAUGACAUAUGCACUGAAUUUUAGAGUCUAUAAGGUAUACCAAUUACAUUCUGCCAAAGCCUAAUAUCAACUUUACUGAUACCGUCGAAAUCAUCAGGAAGGUUGUCGGAUCGCAAACGUCUGUCUUCAAUAAGCGCUACCAGUGAAAUCAAAAGCAAGAAGACAUUAUCAGCUACGGAGGGAAGGAAAACCGUGCACUUCUAUUUCAAAGAACAUGACACGGUUUUGUCGUCUGUGGCCUUAGAGCGCACUGCUUCACAGACAUAUGAGCCAAGGUUACUUUCGGCUGAAACAGCAGAAGCUCCUGUUACACUUCAUAAUCUGAUCGACGACUAUCAACGGCUCGACAAUCUCAAGGCGGACACAUCCAUGAUCGAGCGCCAAUUAAGCUCGAAACCAACUGCGCACGCAGUCCGGGAGAAGGGAAAUUCUUAUCAGCAGCAGUCUUCAAAAUCGGAAGAUAAAACACCUCGCAAACUUUGUUGACAAUGCGACCAAAUGCACUUCGUUCGGGAUUGUCCUUUUUCGAACCACCAAUGCUAUGCAAAGUGCAACCACAGUGGUCAAAAUCAAUUUCAUGUCAAAAUCAAUUUCCAUGUCAAAAUCAGUUUCUUCUGGCGAAGAGAAGAAGUUAUCGAACAGACGAAGAAAAUUUGGGGAAGCCAAAUCCCAAAGAAUCUUUAUCGGGAACCACAUUGCUCAACAUUCAAGCAAGGCUAUCGAAAGCGAAAGUACGUAACUACAAUCGUUAACGGCGUAGAACCAACGAUUCAAGUCAUGAACGCAUCGGGAAAGCCGUUUUGCCUUUCUCAUAUAGAAAGGUUAUGAAUCACUGUGAAAACCGUCUUUUGAACCGAGGCCCGGAGGGCCGAGUGUCAUAUACCAUUCGACUCAGUUCGUCGAGUACGCAAAAUGUCUGUGUGUGUGUGUGUGUGUGUGUGUGUGUGUGUGUGUGUGUGUGUGUGUGUGUGUGUGUGUGUGUGUGUGUGUGUGUGUGUGUGUGUGUGUGUGUGUGUGUGUGUGUGUGUGUGUGUGUGUGUGUGUGUGUGUGUGUGUGUGUGUGUGUGUGUGUAUGUGUGUAUGUGUGUGUGUAUGUGCGUAUGUGUGUAUGUAACGUUUUUUUGCACUAACUUUUCUCGGAGAUGGCUGAACCGAUUUUCACAAACUUAGGUUCAAAUGAAAUGUCUUGAGGUGCCAUAAAAAACUCCUGAAUAUUAUUUGGAUCCGACUUCCGGUUCGGGAGUUAUGGGGUAAAAUGUGCAAAAAAAAAGAAAAUAUGUGUUCUAAUUUUUCUCAUAGAUGGCGCGACCGAUUUUCACAAACUUAGAUUCAAAUGAAAGGUCCUGUGGUCCCAUGCGUAAUUCCUGAAUUUCAUGCGGAUCCUACUUCCGGAUCCGGAAAUAUAGGGUGAAGUGUGUUAAAAAUUGUAUACCAUCACUGAAAAUGGGGAAAAAUUUUUAAAAAAUUCUAAAUCGACCUCAAAUCUUUUCCAAUUGAUUGUUUUUAUCAGUAGACGGCCAAACAAACCGAUUUCGGUUAUUCUUUCAAGAAUCGCAGAGAAUUAUUUUGAAGAAUACCACAGUAUUAUAUAUGAUAGUAUGAUUGAUAUGAGAAAGGCAUCAUUACACCACUAGGUGGAUUAAAACAGGUUUUUUUCUUAAGUUUCAUUGCGACGUCACCAUCAACGGUAACACUGAAACAAGAAAUAUAUCCUCGAUAUCGACUGGAUCGAACUUUUCAAGUUGUCCUCAGUUCCCAUCAAUUCGGUCUACCAAGUAAAAACAUAAUCGGUCGAACAGCGAAUUCGUAAAUUUGAAACGAUUCCUUGGGACAUUGCAGAAAAGACCAACCAAGCGACCAAUUCAAUUCCUUCAAUACCAUUCCAUUGGUGGAUGCCGAACAAACACGGUUGGAAACGUCUGGUAUAAUCCAGUCUGUCGACUUCUCCGGAUGGGGCUGCUCAUAUUGUGGCGGUACGUAAGCCAAACGGACGGGUUCGCAUUUGUGCGGACUACUCGAUGGGAUCCGCUUCCAACUCCUGAAGAAAUUUUCGUUCAACUCAAUGGCGGCAGUACAGUGUUCAGCAUCAUUGAUUUGUCCCCGAUGCGUAUAUACAUUGAUUCGAAGUUGAUGAUAGUACCAAGAAGCUACUUAUCAUCAACACGCAUCGUUGUCUGUAUUAGUUUAAUCGCAGGAGUAAAGUCCGCUCCAGGCGCUUUCCAACGUUUGGUGGAUGGAAUGUUUCAGAUGUUUGAGAUAUUUUUGGUGUCCGCUCUGUUAUGAUUCUCAAAAAACUUGAAGUCGCAUCUAGCACCAUUCAAUUUAUUGUUCUAACGGUUGAAGGAGUAUGGAUUUCACGUCAAAACAGAAGUACCAUAAUCAAAGAAGGCAUUCGUCCUAAUCCCGAGAAGUUGAAGAGCAUUACUCUUCCUCUUCCUGCCCCGACCAACGUUUCUGAAUUACGGCCGUACCUAGGAGCGAUCAAAUUCUAUGACAGAUUCGUUCUCACCAUGUACGAGUUACGUCAUGCGAUGGUAACCAGCUGCUGAAGAAGGAAGCAAAAUGGCGAUGGACUCCAGAAUACCAACGCGCCUUUAAUGAAUUCAAGACAGCGCUUCCGUCGAAUUUGCUACUACCUCACUACGAUUUUAAGCUAUCAUCCAUCGUAGCAGCAGACGCGUAUUAAAUAGUGGGAUAGGUGCAGUCAUUUUCCACCAUUCCCGAUGGAAAGAUUAAGGCUGUUCAACGUGCUUCAAGAACGCUCGCAUCCGCAGAGCGGAACUACGGACAACCUAAGAAAGGAGCUCUCGCGUUAGUCUAUGCAGUAACAAAUUUUUGGUAGGACGUCAUUUCACUCUGCUAAGCUACCACAAGCCACUACUGUCUAUUUUUGGUUCCAAAGAAGGCAAACAAACUGCAACGCUGGGCACUUGAGAUGCAGCCUAGCACCGAAUCCAACCAAUCGAAAGAUGAAUAGGUUAUCGCAGCGCUCACUUCAGAGCAAGACUUAUUAAGUAUUCUUUCUGACGCGACGCCACAUAAAAUUUGUAACAUUGCAGGAAGCAACAUCAACAAAUGUCAACUUUUAACUAUUAUCAAGCACAUUCGUAACGGAUGGCUCUCCUGCUCCAAGAAUCUCCACUGCAGCUCAACUAUAUUACAACAGACGAGAAUCUCUCAGCCUAAUCGACGGUUGUGUAAUGUUUGGCCACAGAGUCAUUGUUCCUGAGAUGUUCUCACGAAGGAUUCCGAAAUGGUACGCAUUAAAGUAACAACGACAUUGAAGGUUACGUCAACCGCUGCACGAAAUGUUUAUUGGCGGCCAAGGCCUACAAAGAAGACAUUGGAAUCUUUACCGAUUCCUGCCAAACCCUGGUCCAGCAUACAUAUCGAUUAGACAGGUUGAGUCUAUCUCUAUAGUAAUAGUUCAUCCCUUCUCUAAGUAGCUUGAAGUACAUCCAACAAAAUCGACGACAACUAAAAUCACCACCACUGAUUCAAACCUUCGCAGCAUUCGGCAAUCCAGAAAUAAUAAUCUCCGACAAUGGAAUUCAAUUUUCAAACAACCAAUUUAAAGCAUUCUGUACAGAUCAAGAAAUACGUCAUAUUCGUAUUGUUUCGUACUAUCCGCAGUCCAACGGUUUAGCCGAAAGACUCGUGGAUGCUAUGAAGAGAAGCCUACGGAAAAUCACUCGAAGAAGUACUGCGCGUCUUCCUGAAUGUUUACCGCUCUAUUCCUACUACGCUGAUUUGAAAGCUCCCGCUAAAUUUAUGUUCGCAGACCAAUACAUACCGUAUCGUAAAAAAGAACUUUAGCACGGAUGACAAUCUCUUAAGGAUCAACAUCGUCUGAUACGGUCACAUGCAAACCAACUCAACACUCGAUUUCCUGAACCCAGUACAGUAGAUAACCCAACAUUAUUUUCGGGUUUUUUCUAUGGUUUCGGAUUAACGGCUUCAAAAAUUCCCAAUGUUCCUGUAGGAUGAAUCUAAUGAAACUAUCCUGACAAAUUAUUCUUUAGAAUAUGAAGGUAUCAGAAGAUAAGGAAUCAGAACCUUUACAAUCGACAACACCAAUUCUAGAGGAAGGUCAUCUUCCAGUUCGGUUCAAGCCCUACUGUAUGAUGAAACCUUGAAGGUAGUUGGAUCAUAGCAACCUACGAUCAUAUAACAACUGACACGAAUCCUACUUUAAUUCAUUUUUUGACUGACUUCCAAUAAAGCAACAGCUAGAAUCGCUCAAUCCGAGAGUUUCCGGAUACAACAAUAACAGAUAUACUGGCUUGAACAAUUUUUUUCUAAAUCCCUUGUAAAUUACUACCACCUCGACUGUUCGUAACUAGCUUUCAAAACAUUCCACUACGUUCCGUUUCUCCAGAUGUUUGGGGUUUGUGCGGUUAGUGGAAUGAAAUUAAACCGAUUUCGAAAAAAAAUUGUUUUAAAAGAUGAGGAGAAAAUUGCUGGAAUAUCUAAGGAUAUUGCUUUAUAGAUAAAAUGUAGAUUUCGAUUGAAUUCUGUUUUUGAAAACAUUCGUAGCAACAUUCUAAAUGAUAUUUUAAAAGAAGAAAUUAAGAAACUAUAUAGCAUUCUGAACGUGAAAACUUUAGAAUGAAAUUAUCCAAAAAAUACUCCCUUGGUUUUUCAACUUUCCUGAGUAAAGUCAAAUUUGCAGAAGAGUGCGAAUCCGAACGAAAAUGGCUUCUUUAUACAAAAUUCGAAAAUUUACGUUCCAAACCAUUCUGAAGACAGACCUCUAAAACCUUCCAUUCGGAUUUUGGUAAUAAAGUGGUUAUUUUGGACAAAGAAGAUUACGAUGUUCAAAUAAUCCAUAAAAUUAAGAACGGCCCUAAUAGAAAAUAAAGAACCAGACAUUCUUAAACGAGUUGAAAAAACUCUGAAAGAUUGCAAUUUUGGUUUACCAAAAGUUUACAAACCUGGCAAUGAAAUGAGAGAAAUUAUUUCUUCAGUUACAGCUCUCACACUAAAAACCUCCAAAUGGCUACUAAAAGAAACGUUAAAAUUCUUCAUAGUGGAAUUUAAGGGGAUUUUCAUUUUUGUUCAAAACCGGUUCAAAUUCUCCUGCAUCCUCCUAUGGAACAUGUAGAUUUUUUUUAUUCCAACUGCAACUAUAGGAACACUUCUGACUUGAUUUCCCUAAGAACAGAAGAUAACUUUAUCUCCAAGCCGCAUAAAUCACACACGAAUUCGAUCGGAAUAAAUUAAAGAUAAACUUUUAAACAGCAAAACAAAAAUUCAGCGUUAAGUGAAAGUAGCACCUAAAUAAUGUCGCGAUGUGAAUGCUGCACCCAAAAUAGUGUCGAUCGUGGUGACAUCUGCAAGUGUUCGCCACGCUGUUUGAGUAAAAUUUAACACACAGUUGAUAUGUGAGCCUGUAUAUCUGUUAUCUGUUUUCUGUGGUGAAGCUGAAAACAAAAUUUUGUCCCAGUCUGUUGUUCAAUCGAUUUCCUACACGCUUACUUGUUGCACAACCUAAAAUUGGUUGGUUUACCUAAAAUUGAGUAGAAUCUUAUUAAAACGAUUGAUACGAUGUUUGCUGAAAGCGUCAUUGACUUUGAGUGACAUUCGUCGCACAUCGAUCAACUUUUUUUUUGUGCAGAUAAUCAAUAUUUGAGGAGGUAUGGUUUUCGUAAACGUGGGUAGCAUCUACUCAAUUAUACGAAAACCAUAUCUACUCAAUAAUUGAGUAGUUGUAUAAAGAAGAAGUUGACAUAUGUGCGACGAAUGUUUCCAAUGUAUAUCCAAUUUUCGUUAGAACAUAUUUUGAUGCAACUCAGUAGUCACCGGUAAGCGUGUAGAACUUUUUUGAAUCAAUUUUUUUACAGUUAACACUUUCCGAGAUACCGUGAUAGAAGAAAAAUGCAUACAAAAAAAUCAUUCGCCCUUUUUCAAAGUCACUCUCAAGUGCAUCUCUACAUUCGUAAAAAAAGACGUUUGCGUAUUUUCCUUUUUUUCUGAGUAUGUGAAGUCUGAUGAUCUUCUAGGAAUUUUGUCUAAAACGGAUGAAGCGUAGAAAAACUUUGAAGCUCUAGCAUAAAGCACAAACGAACCUCCCGUGAGAAAAAGAAAACGAAAGGAAUAACUUUGAAGUCCAAAGUAAAACAUGCGCGAAAAACGAAUCUAGUAAUCAAUUAAGACGUAAACUUAUUAACAACGAUCCCGUCGUCAACUACCAGAAACUGUAUGUAGUGUAUCUGUAGAAAGCAUGUAUGUAAAAACCAUUCAAAAAAGUAUCGGAUUACGAAAAAAAACUACGAAAGAUUUCGAUUUUGCUAAAUUUAGAAUUGUAUGAUUUGUGAGAUGUUUUGAGAACAGAAUCAAAAAAAAAUCAAUUCAAUAGGUUUCUACCGAACAGCACACUAACACACUAAUGCCAAAUAACAACAAAUAAGAUACAAACAGAAACGAACAAAAUGGGUCCAGAUUAUAUGAAAUUCCGUCGAAGGCAUAGCCUCUUCCUGCAAGAGACACUAGAGAGAAGAUAGUCAGCUCGAGUUCUCAUCAUUUCAUAGUUAAGUAGCAUGUUGCGAAUUGUGUGACAGUUCUCUUCCAACGUUCAAACCUGGUUGAUGAUUUGUAGAAGUUUUAUAUUAUAGGAUUCUCAACAAAAAUUUUUUAUAAUUGUGCAGCUUAGGCAAAUCUGUCAUUAGUUGAUGAAUAGUUUUCACUGUACAAUAGAAUUUGAAAUACGUCGAACGCGGGGUGGUAGAUGACCGGGGAAAUCAGGAAAUCCGGGAAAGAGUAGGGAACUUGGUUUCACCUGGAAAAAGUAAGGAAUUUUAGUGCAAAACCGGAAAAAAUAUUAGCAGCCCAAAUGUAAGUAACAAGUUUUUUUAUUCCACAAGUGAAAAGUAGGAGGCAAUACCUUAAGUUGCGUUUGAGCGAGAAGUUUAGUAAAAGUGUUACUGGUUCUAUUGGAAAUGAACUAACUUUCUAUAGAAGUGUAUAAGUUGAUGUCCAAAGCGGCGUCAAAUUGGAGUCUUCAGACGAAAUUCUUCGCUAAUUUGAAUAAUAGAAAACACUCCACUUACCAUGCCAUGCUUUUUCUUGUACGAUCUUCGCCACAGUUACCUUUCUUACGUCCGAUUUGCUUGCAGUCGUUGGAAAUGUGCUGUGAAAAUGAAAAAUUCAUGAAUGAAAUGCAUCAAGCACCAUACUUUUCCUUUUGACAAAUAUUAAUGUCGUUUUCGCUUGAUGCCAAACCUAACCCAGUUUUCACCCAAACUGCUGUCAAACCGUUUGUUUGAAGCUAGUUUCGAACCUAGUUUUAACGUUGUUGAACUGAAAAUCGAGUCAGUUCCGAAGCUGGUUUUUAUUUUAGAUUUGCUCAAACCCCCGUUGCUAAGUGCGAAACCAGCACAGUUUUCGUGAAAAUUGUUUGUUUGAUGCCCUGGGUUGGUUUCAGUUUUCUCCAGCGAAAACGACAUAAAAGUCAUCAUUUCGAUGCGGAACUUCAAUUUCUAUUUCUAUGGUUUCCCGACCUCUAUUUCUAUGCGAACAGGACAACUUAUUGGCUAGUUUUAUAAUCCAAUUGUUAUACUGUGUCUAUACAUGGUUGACAUAAACUCGUGAAUUGUGGUAUAACUCACUGAUCAUACUUUUCAUGAAAUAAAAAACAUUCAAGAAAUGUGCUGAGAUUGGACCGACAAGAGAUUGAAAAUUGAACUUGAUUUAAAACGUCAAAGCAACUCAUGGCCUGCUUGUGAUUACACUUUAGUUCUGCCAAUAAAGCUCGCUUCCGUCAAUGGCUAUAAUUGACACUAUUUCCAGUAAGAAAGUUUAGUAUUUUUCUUGUUCGUGAAACUAGUUCAAAACUUGACUACAAUGCUAUAAAACUACAAAAUCACCGAGAAGAGAGUAGAACUGUGCACACAAUUGCGACAUGAUCCCAAACAACCCCAUCGACAGUAGCAGCAGAUUAGCAAAGCACAAGGCCUUACUAGCUAAACCAACUGGAACUGUGUAGAAUCAUGACGUUGACAACUAGUUAGGCAUCCUUACUUCAAACGGAAUAGGCUUGUAGGUUUGCGGUUUCGCGAUAGCAAUUGUGUUAAUGCUUUUGCAUUUUGAGUAGCUUGCAUUCUGCGUCCCGUUUUCGUUUUUUGGUUCGCUUAGUCAGCACAAUUUUGUAGAUAUGGUACGAGAUGAAGAGAAAGUGUAUUUUAUAUUCUAACAAAUCGAUACAGUGGAAGUAUAAAUAGGCAUAUUUAUAUAUUUUAUACAUAAUUAUUUGUGAAGUUCUCAAAAAAAAACCAUUUUGAACAAAUCCAUUUUUAGGAAGAAUAGAAAUUUCGUCUUCGCUGAACUCAUCCUCUAAUCAGGUUUUGUAUCGAACAAUCUAAAAAAAAACUAUUUCAAUUCCAAUCUCGUUGAAAAGUUGUGAAAAAUGUUAAUGACAUUUCCAUUCGAUAAACCCCACGAAUUGCCAAUGAAAAUUUGGUUGAUGCAAUCAAUCGAUCAUACAAUUACUAAUCUUAAUGUGCAAUACGAAAACAAAAAAAAAAGAAGAAACAGAAUCACCGCCACAAAUAAAGCAGAAAAUGACCGAGUCAACAACACAAUCUAAUUAGCACGUAAGUUUUCUGAGAAGGCUGAGUUGAUCUUUGAUCGAGAAGGAAUAGGGUCAGGGUCGUUUCGAUUCACUCGUGUAAACCAGUUCGAAAUUUAAUAAAGUUAGCGUUAUUCUCAAGUUAAGACAAACAAGCUUUCUCCUUUACUCCUUCAGAGAAUGAACAUAAGAAGUAUACAACCCUUACAAUAGGCGCAAGUAAAACUCUUUCAGGACAAAUACAAAAUAGACAGAUGUAUGCGUAGCUUGUAGAAUUUAGUUAACGCUCCAUGUACGAAAUAAUUACACUAUAUAUAAAUAAAAUUUAUUUAAGAGAGAAGAUAAAAUAUAUUGAGCGAGAAUGGACUCGAAGUAGAAUGCGGUCACAAAACAACCGAAGAAGCGAAGCAGAAUAUAAUUUUCAAAGUGAGUCGUACGGUUGAUGCGAAAUGAACGAUUAUUCCAAUCUAUCUAUCACAUUGAAGUAUUCGUAAAAAUUACAUAGACGAAAUGACUGCAGUAUCCGAAAAUGGAAUCGUGUGAGCUUUUGGGUCAGUGGAAACAAAUGCUCGAUCCGAUACAAUCCAGUACGGAACCCAUUGAAGGUACUAGCCGGAAAUAAAGAUACAGUCAAAUUGCUUGAGUUUGAAA